AUGUCUUUCGUUUGUCCAGCGUGCAUUGGUCUACCUGAGUCAGAACAUAAAAGUAGCUCGGCGUGCUACGGUGAUCAGCCGUUAAUGAAUGCGACCUGUCCAAGAGGCGAUGUAAUUGCAAUCAAGUCUCUGAAAGUUGCUGCCAUGCCUAAAGAAUUCAAUUGUGACACGAAUUUUACCAAUAACUGUUGUGAUGUUUAUGACCCUCUGAAAGACUGUGUGUUUGAUCACUCAUACAUAGGGGUAAACGCGUAUACAACAGCCUGCAACGGUAACGGUGACUGUCAAAGGCGAGCAGAAAGGAUAGACGCCAGACUUAAAUGCAACUCCUCUCAGUAUCUAUCAUAUACUAACUACAUGCAUAUUGAUUAUUUUUGUAUAAAUGAUAACCGAAUCGUGACCAUGUCGGAUACGUGUAGCACUUUUACGUCAAGAACAACCGGGAAAGCCUCGUAUAUUCAGAGUCCAGGAUUUCCAGACAUUAAAAGUACUACUGUGUCUUGCAGCUGCUCCAUUGAAACGGACUACUGCACAUCGUCUUUGGAAGUGUUCGCCCUACAAAUGCUUCUACAGCCAUCUACUACUAGCGGAAAUUGUUCCAAUGCAACCCAGUAUCUCAACCUUACACUCAGUGAUGGCAGAACGUUAAUACAAUGGGGUUGUGCGAAUCAAAGCGUUAGAAUAACCGAGCACACGGUGUCAGACACGUACGUGGUCCUCAACUUCAGAAACAGUUACACGGCAGAUGGCGGGUCAUUCUGGCUGGGGUUCAAAUCUUCUGAGAGCACGGCGAACAUAUCUAUAAACUGUCCACCGGUGGAACAGCAGCACUGUCGGCCUUCAACAACAACUUCCGUUUCCACCACUACAACCACUAUCAGCACCACCACCACAACCAGUCCCUCAACAACUACUACAGCAAUGACAUCAACUACCACCAAACAACCAAUAACAAUAUCUACUGAAGGCAACACGACGCAAGGAAGUAGUGAUACUAAGGGAUUGCUAAUCGGAAUUAUUGUGUUGGGGACGAUAUUGCUACUGGGCCUUCUAAUACUGGGAAUCCUAAUUUGCAUGGGCAGGUUACAGUGCAAGAAAGCAUCCACUUCCCCGGAGAAUGCGAAUGGGAGCGUUUGCAAAUCUAAAGACAGCCCAUUUCCACCCAACGACCACUUUGAUGUUAAAACAGAGACCAGUCCUGCUCCAUCUACCUCAUUCUACGUCCCAAAGCCACCUAUUCAAGCAUCCAUUCGACAUCUUCCUACGACUAUAGCUAUAACCAACACUGUUGCUUUCGAAACAAGAACAAUUAGUACUAAUACAAUACGUGUCGAUUUGAGAACUACUGAAAUGAACACGAUGUAUAUGGAAACCAUUUCGGUUGGAAUAAACACUGAACAAGAAGUUAAGGAAGAACCUAAGCCUAAUGUGAUAUUGGAAAAUAAAUCGACUAAAGCCUUGAUUCGAGGAUCAAAGAUCGACAAAUUUAUGUUGAACUCUAAAACGCCCAAGAGGGAGGUUGAGUCCCAAACAGAUGCAAGAGCCGAAGUUGAACCUACACGCAAGCAUAAAUCAAGGGGAACUUCAACAGACUAUAUACCAACCAUAGACCAUCAAACUCGUGGCACCUCCAUGACCGAUAUAACGAUUAAAGUUAUAGAAGACGAGCAAGCGUUCGUAAAAUCCGUUUUUGUCCAGCCAUCUUCAACGGCACAUGACGUCACCACCAGCGAAUCAAUGACGUCAUAUGAAGAUGAAAUCACUUCUGAUCACGAAAACGCAGACACGGCAUUACACAUCGCUUCUAGAUACUACUUACCGCCUUCAAAAACAAGUUUUAGAGGUACUCGAGGUAAAUCAGCUGAACGAAAGAAAGGAAAGCGUCGCUCAUCAUACAGACAUUAAACUGCGAUAUUACGACUGAUCACUGUAGUGUAAAGAUCAUUAGAUCGAUCGCUUAUUCAAGUUCGACGUUGAAAAUGUUUAAAUUAAGCAAUGCAAACAUCAUGUUUGUAUUAUUGAGUAUUGAUUACAACAAACCUUAAAUUAAACGCACUUAAAUUAAAACAUUUAAAAACAAGAGCACCGCCUUGCGGGUGCAGACCGCUCAUCUAUUUUCUUUUUAAAGGUGAA